AAAAAUUGAAAACAAAAGGAGGCCUGAAGGAGCUGGGCCUCAUUAAGACAAGUGAUUUUCUUUCAUUAACCCAUGGUGAUGGUGCUAUUAAAUAUGUCGGGUUGGGCCGGGCCGAUGAAUUAAAUCAGACUGAAUAAAAAUGAAAGUUGAGCAACCCUAGUUUUCUAAAUCAUCAUCGCUUCUUCUUUUUUCUUUUUUCAUUUCUUCAUUAGCAAUGUUUCAUCUUCCCUCUGCUUCAUCUUCUUCUUCUUCCUGUAUAUAUUGUAUCUAAGCAAAACAUCAAACCCGACACUACAUAAUGUCCUCAAUAAUUCCGAAAAUACCCUCCAGCUCCCUUGCUCGGUCGCUCUGCACCGCCGUGGAGACUCGAACCCAAAAGCUCGAGCGAAUCGCCGAGGAGCUGAUUGGCCUCAAUAAGAUCGAGCGACAUGAUUACGUUAUACUAUUUCGUCAUAAAAUGGGCUUGAAUCGGUUCGGCGCCGCCGCCUCCGCACCCGCCGCCCAAUCGCCUUCGUCAGGCGGAUCAUGUGCCCCUGCUGCGGCCAAAGAGAAGACAGCGUUCGAUGUGAAAUUGGAGAAAUUCGAGGCUUCGGCGAAGCUAAAGGUGAUUAAGGAGAUCAGGUCUUUCACCGAUUUAGGGCUGAAAGAGGCGAAGGAUUUGGUGGAGAAAACGCCCGCCGUGGUGAAGAAGGGGGUUACCAAGGAGGAGGCGGAGAAGAUCGUGGCGAAGCUCAAGGAAAUUGGCGCCACUGUGGUAUUGGAAUGACACCUGGGUAAUUUUCUUGUGAGCAGUUUCAGUAUUGUAAUUUUGAUUGAGAUAAUUCUGAGUCGUCAAUAGAAAUGAAAUAUUGAUUCAAUGGUUUCUGAAGUAAGUUUGUCUUAGUUAUAAAAGAUGAAGUUUUGGAGGAGAUGAGCUUCUUCAUGUAUAUAUUCAUAGACACUACAAAUUAUGAAUAAUUUCUCGACCA